AUGGAUGGAUCCAUUUCUGUAUUCGAUGUUCAAAGAGCCAAGUUUCUUCACCAUCUCGAUGGCCACACAAUGCCUGUUCGUUCUCUUGCAUAUUCACCAUUAGACCCAAGAGUUCUUGUUUCAGGAUCAGAUGAUGAACGUAUUCAUAUGUAUGAUGCAGAAGGAAAGACUUUGUUUUCAUCAAUGUCAGGUCAUUCUAGUUGGGUGUUGAGUGUUGAUGUGAGCCCAGAUGGUGCAGCCAUUGCAUCAGGGUCAAGUGAUCAAACCGUGAAGCUGUGGGACCCGAAAAUGAGGGUUGCGGUUCAGACCAUGACUAACCAUACAGACCAGGUUUGGGGGGUGAAGUUUGAAGGUGGGGGAGGUGGUGUUAGAGGGUGUCUUCUUGCAAGUGUAUCAAAUGAUAAAAGCAUCUCACUUUACAACUAUUCUUGA